AUGUCCGAUCCCGGCGCGCAGUCCGCGUCGCACGACGCGGACGUCGCGAAGGACGACGCGGACGGCAACCUCGACGCGCUCCUCUCCGGCGCGUACGCGUCGCCGCGGCGCGCGACGAGCGCGGCGACGUCGUCGUCGUCGUCGUCGCUGACGACGCGUCGCGCCGCGCUCGCCGACGCCUCCGUCGGGCUCGCCGCGCACGUGCAGAGCUUGGGGUGGGAGGAGCGCGAGUUCAGCGACGUCGUCGUCUCCGCGCUGGGCAAGGAUUACCCGCUGCAUCGUCUCGUCCUCUCGCGCUCGCCGUACUUCGCCGCGCUCAUGCGCGGCCCGUGGCUCGACGCGUCGUCGCCGACGCUCACCCUGCGCUUCGACGACGUCAGCGACCUCGUCGACGUGGACGCGGUGGAGACGACGCUGGGGUUUCUGUACGACAAACCGCCGACGCUGACGACGGACGCGGCGCCGCGCGUGCUCGCCGCGGGGUCGUUCCUCGACCUCCGAGACUUGUGCGAUAUCUGCGCGGACUUCAUCGUCGCGGACGUGGACGAGCGGACGUUCCUGCGAUACCAAAACCUGUGCGAGCAGAGCGCGUUCGGGAUGGGCGACCCGGGCGAGAGAGGCGCGUUCUAUCUCAUCUCACACUGGUCCCCAUACGACCCCGUCGGCGUGGUGAACGCCGAGCUGCGAGGGACGUUGCACCACCUCAGCCCGACGACGCUGCUGAAGCUGCUGCGAUCGAACGACCUGUGGGUCGCGAACGAGCGCGCGCGGUUCGAGCUCGUCGCGGACGUCACGUCGCGGCUGCUGGAAGAGAGCUGCGACGGCGACGGCGACGGCGACGGCGGCCCGGACCCCGCCGCCGUCGCGUUGCGCGCCGAGGCGCUGUCCGCGUGCGUCAACUACCAACACCUCCCGUUCGCGGACUUGCUCGCGAUACGCGCCGAGCUCGAGCUCGAGGACGGCGACUUCAAAGCGGCGUGCCUCGGGUCAAUGGUCGCCGCGCUGGGCGAGGCGGCGCUGCGAGGGGAGGCGGGCGUCGGCGCCGCCGACGCGGUCAACGCGGUGAGCGCGGCGGCGGACGCGGCGGCGACGUCGCCGACGCGCGCGGUGGUCGACGGACUGUGGGCGCAGACGCUGCUGAAAGCGCACGUCGCCGCGGCGCAGGGGAGAGACGGGAGCGAGCGCGGCGCGGGCGCGAGCGACGCGGACGCGCCGAGUCGCGCGCGCGCGCCGCCGUCGCGGGUGGACGAGAGCUUGAGCAGAAUCGAAAUCGAAGAUGGCGGCGGGGGCGCGCGCGGGGAGAGCGACGAGGACGACGAGGACGACGAGGACGACGACGACGACGACGACGCGCGCGCGGGGGUCUCGAACCGAGCCGCGGGCGCCGCGGGGUCGUCCGCGUCGCCGAUGAAGAAGCGCGCGGACGGCGGCGCCGGGACUAGGUGCGUUCUAUACACUGGUCCCCAUACGACCGCGUUGUCGUGGUGA